UGUAACAUCAUUACAAAACAAUUAGUCGUUGAUCAAGUUCCGAGUGAUAAACAUGGACUUCAGUGAUGUAUAUAACUCUGAUGUCAGAGUGAAGAAGGAACCAGAUGAUGUUUCCCGAAUUAAAAAUGAAGAUUAUAAGAUAAUUGACAAUGCAUGCGAUGCUAAAAACGACGAAUUCUCGAGUUUUUGUCGAGAAAAUUUAAUUUAUGGGCUUCGUAAAAAUGAUGAAAAUUCUGGACCUAAUAACGAUUUGGAAAUAGAAUUCGAAUGUAAGGACGAGAAGCUCGGCAUUAAUUUAUUAGUAGUCAAGAAAAUCGAGGACGAUUAUCCAGAUCAAUGGCAGCAUAUGAAAAAUAGUUGCGAUUAUCAGACUCCAAAAAAAAUUAAAGAAGAAAUUGUCGACAAAGUAAAAGAGGAAUUGAAUUUGGAUGGUAAACUCAGUGAUGCAUUUGAUGCAAAUGAAAAAACAUUUGCUCAAAAUAGUCAACACAAAAUCCAAACUGAUAAGGCACGCAAUCGUACCAAAUAUCCAUGUAAUAUAUGCGGUAAAAAAUUUGCACGAAAAAAUUAUCUCAAGGUCCACAUCGAUGGAGUACAUAAUGGUACAUUCACACAAAAAAGAGAACUCAGGAGGCAUAUCGAGGGACAUAAUGGUGUUAAACAUCCAUUCAAGAUGAAGAGUUUCAUCCUCCUAGCGGUACUGCUCUGUCUGGCUGUCGCCUACGCCCAAGAAAAUGACUCGCUGGAAAUCGUGUCGCGCGCCGAGUGGGGCGCCAAGAGGCCACGCCGCCAGCCCCAGGCCCUCACGGUCGAUCCGGCCAGCCACGUGCUGAUCGCCCACACGGCGGGCGGCUUCUGCCGGGAGCGUCACGGCUGCUACAUGCAUCUGCGCAACGUCCAGGCCCUCAACGUGCAGCAGUCCGGCUUCAACGACAUCGUGUACAACUUCAUGGUCGGCGGCGACGGCCUCGUGUACGAGGGUCGCGGCUGGGGCGUAGCCGGUCAGCACACCCCGGGCUACGACGCGAGAAGCAUCGCCGUGGCCUUCGUGGGUGACUUCGAGUACAGGCGGCCGACCGAGGCGCAGGUUCAGGCGGCCCGCGAGCUCAUCGCUCACGGCGUGAGGCUGGGCAUGAUCGCGGCCGAUUACAAGCUCGUGGCGCAGAGGCAGGUCAUGGCGAAUACCAAGAGCCCCGGCAAGCAGGUCUACGACAUCAUCAAGGGCUGGGAGCACUUCUCGCUUUGA